UACCUGAUUUGAAAUAAUAGUAAAUUGAACUGGACUGACGGACAGAGCCUGAUUGAACCUCCUCCUCAUCUUCUACUCUGUUUUCUGAAAGCGACUGACAACCGCAGUUCCUAACAUAGCUGAUUUGAAUUAUCUGCAUUAUAAAACUCAAAGAUGGCGUACCCAACAACUCUAUCUCAGAUCGGUGGCUCGGGAGGUCAACCGUUUAACUUUGAUGGUGAGAAGAACGGUGCCACGCUGCAAAAGCUGGGAGUGUGGGUAGCAGAGUCGCGGGUGAAGGCUGUCAAGGUCUGGCUUACAGAUGGGAGAGUUCAAACUUUUGGAAAUCCAUCUGGACCAUAUCAAGAGUAUACGUUCAAUCCCGGUGAGUGUUUCACCUCGCUGUCCCUGUGGGGAAAUGGAGCCGGGACACGCCUCGGUGCCAUCAAAUUCAACACAAAUCGCCCCGGAGAGUUCUUUGUGAAAAUGACAAACUGGGGCUUGAAAACAGAAUACCCUAUCGAUAUUGGCUCUGGAAUUUGCUUGGGUAUUGGUGGAAGGUCUGGUUCAGACAUCGACAACAUGGGCUUCAUGUUCCUCAACGCGAUCGAGUCAACUGAUCUGACAAACGUCACCUACCCCACAAUGAACCAAGUGGUACCGCAGGUGCAAAUUGAGGAAAUUCAAUCCGCGACUUUCCAAAACAACACCUCAGUCACUCAAGAGCAAAAGCUUGAAACCUCCAAGAAAAUAACCACGAAGUCUGCAUGGUCUGUGAGCAACAGCAUUGAGGCAACCUUCAGUUUGAAAGUGAACGCAGGGGUUCCAGGGGUAAUGGAUGUUGAAAGUGAAUAUAGCUUUACUGUGGGAGUAACAGGCACAUACGACAUAGAAAACACAUCGGAAACAACAGAGCUCGUGUCGUUUCCCAUAACAGUGCCUGCAUGGAAGACCGUGCAUGCUGUUAUGAAAAUCGGUCGAGCCAAUGUUGACCUGCCUUACACUGGCACGGUGAAAAUAACCUGCAAGAAUGGCAGUGUGCUUCAGUUUGACAUCAGCGGUGAAUACAAGGGCCUUACUUACACUGAUGUUAAAACAACUCUGGAAGAAUUAUAGAAAAAAUAGUGGAACUGAUUGCAAGUCUCAAAUUGAGCUUGAUCGCGUGUGCUUCUUGCUUUCAGUGAUUUUGAUUUUAUCAGUGGCCAAAAGUAAUAUACUAGAAGCUUUGGGUUUUGAUCAGGUGGCAUUGCUUUAGAGACGCAGAAUUAAGUGCUCUUCUCUAAUCUGUCUCACAGCUAUCUCCUCCUUGAUGCACUCCAAUUAUUUUAAACUUCUCAAAAUCAGACCUCCUCCUCCCCCUCCUCUAAUCUCUCUAUCUUCACUGUUUCUUGAAUCUGCCACACACUCUCCCUCCUCCUCUGCCAAGAAGCUCUGAGUCACGCUGGAGCCCUGCCCCCAGCACAUCUCUACUCCAGCACUCUCCCACCAAACUACCUCCAGUCUCUCAUCGCUCCCUCCCUCCCGACAUCUCUGCUCCUCCCGCACUAGAAGACUGGCUGUUCCUUUGCCUCCAGAGCCACCUCCUUCUCCACCCUCCCCCCUCAGGGGUGGAACCAUCUCCCCAUGGAAAUCAGGACUGCCCAGUCCCUGACAACCUUCCAGCGCCUCCUCAAGGCAUACCUGCUGUCUGCAUCAUCUUCAAUUUUGCACUUAAAUCAACUCUACUAUUGGUCUUAAAUGUACCUGACUGUAUUUACCAUAUUUUGUACUUGAUUUUGCCCUUAAAUGUAAAUGUAUUUUCAGUACUUUGUUGUUGCUCCUAUUGGAAAUCACUGAACUGAACUUAGUAGGCUACUUGCUCAAAUUUGAAAACAGAAUUACGCAGAAUUGCUUUUAAUUGAUACUAUAUGCUGUACUAGCUUUUAUCUGUCAUGUGUUUUUUUUGUAACAACUGAAUAAGGGCAUCUGCUAAGAAAAUUAUUAUUAUUAUUAUUAUUAUUAUUAUUAUUAUUAUUAUUAUUAUUAUUAUUAUUAUUAUUAUUAAUUAAAUUGGGAAAAUUCUUCUUGCAUGUAAUUGUUCUGAAAAUUCUGCAUAACUAAAUCAUUAAAACAAAUAGCUCUGAAUUUGAUCAGUGUUGUGUAUAAACCUAACCCUAGCCUCAAUCCUGAACACGGAUCCGAUUUUUAGCAUGAAUGUCCCCAAAAUACUAAUUACAUGAACAGAAAACAGUCUCACGAGAAGGAACCCAUGUGUCACACUGAAUGACGUCAUUGCAAUGAAAGAUCUGAUUUGUUGAUGGACUUUGGCAUAUGUGUAUAUGUGACAUGUGACUGUAUUUAAAGGCUUCAUUAAACAAAAAAGCCCCAUGUUGGAUAAACUUUUAUUUUCUUCGGGACUGUGAUGCCUCUGUAUUAGAUAGGAAAUAAACAUUACGAAUAAAUAAGAAAUAAACUGGUGGUAAAAAAAAAGAUAUUAAGCGACCCC